GGAACUCUCCUUUGGCUCUAUGCAGUCUGAGUCUACAACAGUAUUCCAGAACUACGGACAUGGCACCAGGCGUCAACCUCCACCACCGUUAUCGUACACUGCACGGUUAUCCGAUAUCACAAAUAUGGCACAGUAUGUCCGUGACACGUAUUUGGCCAACGCCAAGGCAAACAAAUCCUGCGACGAUGCUCAAAAUGGCCAUAUGAAUAACGGUGCGUAUAAAAUGAUAUUAAUCAUGCUAUCCCUGACCUUGAGUAGACCUAAGCGCUGCAGUGGAGAAAAACGACAUGACCGUGCGGAACGAAGGUUCUGUGUGUCCUAGACUUGUGUCUCCUCAGGCUGUACUUGAUGUUAAGCGCGAUGAUCAUGAAGACAAACAGUGAAAAACAGCGGUCUUGUAUGCAAAAUGCCCUACGUUCUUCC